AUGAGCAGCGACGAAAUAUCACCAAAUUCAACACAGAUCAGUGGAUGUGAAACAAGUGAAGAUGAAAUAGAGAAUAUUCCAAAUGAUUUCUUUGAAACACAGGAAGAUAUUGACGUGAUUUUGCCAAAUCAAAUCAAAGAUACAGAAACACAAGAAGCAAUUGAUAUAGACCCUAGUUUUAUGAUUCAUUCAUCACCAGAAGAUCAAAUUGAAAAAAUUAAUUCUCAAGAUUAUUUUAAGAGAGAAUUUAUAACGUUCAUUAUCUCAGAAGAUAUUUCAAAUGAUCUAGAGCUAUGGGAUUGUAGCGGAAUUAAAGUAUUAAGAUGUAUUUAUGAAAAUUCAUACUUAGAAUCCCAAAAUGAGAACAAUUUUACAAGUGUUACAGUAAUUUUGAAUUGUAACAAGCAAUUUACAGAAAUUGAAGGCGCAAAAAUAUAUGUAUUCCUUCCUUUCAAAACUUUUUAUUAUAAUCACCAAUUUUGUUUGAUUACUCCCAACUAUACCUUUGAAUAA